GCUAUCUCUCUAUCUUGGGGGUCUGCUUGCAGUCUAGAUGCUUACCCGCCGAGCGCCCAGGGGCAGUUGGUGUGUAAGCUGAGCCUCGUUUAAUUGGGGUUGCAAGUUAUUGUGACUCUCUCUUCCUUUGAGGUUUGGGCUGAAAUGUAACUCUAUACACGAAAAGCGCUCUUCGCCGUUGACCGGAGUUGUAAUCAUGCUUCUUCUUCCUACGGAUACAAUCCGCCAAUGGCAAUCUCACCUCAUCCAUAAUAGAGGUUCCCGAUCAAGGCGCCGGACCUUCCUGACCUGGAUUGGCACAAAGAACAAUCACUGUCAUGUACCCGACUUCCUGCUGAUCAACUUUGCGUAUGAAGCCGAUAAACCGAGUGCUCAAGGACCAUAAUGGACGAGUCUCACGAUUCACUGGCGGCGGUGAUUGAGGCAUCGGCCACCAUUAAGAAGCCGGCCUUCAAGAUAACGGUAGGCGUCUGCUUCGGCCUUGCGCUACUCUCCGUUGUCGCUCGAGCCGUGAUCCGGCUCAGAACCCGGCGCCAACUUUCGCUGGACGAUUAUCUCAUUUUCCUAGCAGCUGCUUUCCUGUCCGCGGCCACGGGCUUGAUGUAUCACCUCUGCGACGAGUUCUACCUCUCUACAGCGAUCCAGAAGGACAUGUCGAUUGUGUUCCGCCUCGACUUGCAACAGUUCAAUGCUAUUGUGAUUAAUGCCGUGCAGGAGAAUGCUACGUUUCUCAUCAUUGCAUGGACGACCACCUUCUUCGUCAAGUUCUCGUUCUUGGCCUUUUUCAAAGGCUUGAUUCGGCUCGUGGACCGGAUUAAGUAUUACUACUGGACUGUGGUCGUCUUCACGGUCGUUUCGUGGAUGUUUCUGGUUUCGGAGCCCUUCAUCCUGUGCUCGGACUUUGGGUAUGCUUCUUGUACGUUGAGGCACCUCACGUUUGCUGUUUGCAUGUGUCUCAACUGA